AUGUCGUCAAUCGCAAGAGGCAGGCCAUCCCGGCGCUCUGCUCCUCGAAGGAGCUAUGUCAUGUCGGAGACAUCUGAAGAGGAAGAUCCCGGAAAUGUGACCCCCACACCGUCCCAGCAUGAUGAUGAAGAGGAGAAUGAAGACGAUUACACUCCAGUUCCAAAGAAACCAAGCACAAGGAGACGCACCGCACGCCCCGCACGAAGGUCCCGCAGGUCGACAACCGCGGAGCAGGAGGAGGCGUCGCAAGUUGGUGAAUCGAAUGACGAAGGGAGUAGCGUUGCAUCUAUACAAGAGCCUGAAUCGCCUUCACAGAAUGUGGCGGCGACGAAAAGAAGGAGUAUGGCAUCCCGCAAGAGUCGUGACUCCAUGACGCCCAAGCCGGAACGGUCCUCAGUCGAACCCUCCGUGCCGCCCCAGUCCCAGAUCCGAUCUCAGAGAGGCAGCGUGCCCCCGCUCAACGAUAUCACUGAAUCCGCAGUGAACAAGUCCCCUUCGCCCGAGGACACAAAGUCCCAAGUUUCGAUCAUUAAUCCCCAUUCGACCAUCCUCGAAAAGCCCAUGGAUAUCAUGAUGAAGGCGCGCAACUUGGCUCCUCCGACAAUACCUGAGGAACCAUCGGGACCGAAGAGUCGCAUGGUCAUCAAGACUUUAAUCCUUAACAAUUUCAAAAGUUACGCAGGGAAACAGAUCGUAGGGCCCUUCCACGCUUCUUUUUCCUCGGUUGUCGGACCCAAUGGUUCCGGAAAAUCAAAUGUGAUUGAUGCGUUGCUAUUCGUGUUUGGCUUCCGAGCCAGCAAAAUGCGACAAGGCAAAAUCUCCGCCCUGAUUCAUAACUCUGCUGAUUUUCCAGAUCUGCCCUUCUGCGAAGUUGAGGUUCAUUUCCAAGAGGUCUUCGAUCUGCCAGAUGGAGCACAUGAAAUAGUUCCAGAUUCCCAACUGAUUAUCUCUCGAAAGGCAUUUAAAAACAACACUAGCAAAUAUUACAUGAAUGGCAAGGAAACAAACUUUACUGCCGUGACGACCUUGCUCCGUGACCGAGGAAUCGACCUAGACCAUAAGCGUUUCCUGAUUCUCCAGGGUGAAGUCGAGUCCAUUGCCCAGAUGAAGGCAAAGGCCGGCAAUGAGCAUGAGGACGGGCUUCUCGAAUACCUUGAAGACAUUAUCGGAACUUCGAAGUAUAAGGCCCCCAUUGACGAAGCGGCCGCUGAACUAGAGACGCUCAACGACGUCUGUGUUGAGAAGAACAACCGGGUGCAGCACGUGGAGAAAGAAAGGAAUUCUCUAGAGGACAAGAAAGAUAAAGCGCUUUCCUACCUCAAUGACGAAAAUGAACUCACCCAGAAGCAGUCGGCGCUUUAUCAGAUCUACAUUGAGGAAUGUGCCGAUAACAUCCGCGUCACGGAAGAGGCCAUCCUUCAAAUGCAGGAACUGUUGAACAUGGAGCUUGAAAAACACGAGGGCAAUGAAUCCGGGAUCAAGGAGCUUGAGAAGGCUUACAAGCGCGGCAUGCGUGAAUACGAAAACAUGGAGAAGGAAGUACAAGCUUUGGCAAAAGAAAUGGCGAAGUACGACAAGGAGUCCGUCAAAUUUGAGGAAAAGAAGAAGUUCUUGGUUGGCAAACAAAAGAAGCUGGAGAAGACAAUGCAAACUGCCCGCUUGGCUGCUUCUGAAUGCGAAAGCUUGGUUGAGAAACAUACUAGUGAUAUCACCAAAAAGACCAAAGAGACAACGGAUCUAGAGAAAGAGCUGAGAGUGGAAGAGGAUGAAUUGUCGGCAAUCCGUGAAAGCUUAAAGGGCAAAACCCAGGGUCUUUCGGAUAAGAUCACGGCCAAACAGAAGUCACUUGAACCAUGGGAUGAAAAGAUCAACAAAAAGGUCUCCGCUGUUGCAGUGGCACAAAGUGAGCUUGACAUUCUCCGAGAGAGAAGCAAUGCCGGUGCUGUACUCCUGGAGGAAGCACAGGGCAAGGUUUCAUCUAUUGAGGAAACGUUAGCCGCCAAGGAAACCGAUCUUGAGGAACGGAAAGAACAAAAGGCCGUUCUUGAGGAAGAGGUCGCGAAGCUAAAGCAUGACCUCAAAAAGUACGCCCACAGGGAGCCAGAUGUUCGCGCUCAUGUCUCCAGUGCCCGACAAAAAGCCGACGAAGCAAGAGCUAGCCUUGCAAGCACACAAAACCGUGGUAGCGUACUGUCUGGCCUCAUGCGUCUCAAGGAAUCUGGUCGUAUUGAAGGGUUCCAUGGACGACUUGGAAACCUCGGGACAAUCGAUGAGAAAUAUGACAUAGCUAUAUCCACGGCUUGUCCGGCGUUGGAAAAUAUGGUGGUGGACACAGUCGAGGUUGGCCAACAAUGCAUCGACUACCUGCGGAAGAACAACCUUGGCCGAGCCAACUUCAUACUUCUAGAUCGUCUUCCACGACGGGAUAUGUCAGCAGUAUUCACCCCGGAGAGUGUCCCACGUCUAUUUGAUCUUGUGAAGCCCAAGGAUCCGAAAUUUGCUCCAGCCUUCUAUAGCGUGAUGCAGAAUACUCUUGUCGCCAAGGACCUAGAGCAAGCCAAUCGCAUUGCCUACGGUGCCCGACGAUGGAGAGUAGUGACACUUGAUGGCCAGCUCAUCGAUACGUCCGGUACCAUGAGUGGUGGUGGUACCCGUGUUGCUCGUGGCGCAAUGUCAUCGAAGCAGGUCGCGGACACCAGCAAAGAGCAGGUUGCAAGGCUCGAAGGUGACCUCGAGGAAAUGGAGAGGAAGUUCCAGGCUUUCCAGGAGAAGCAAAGACAUAUCGAGGCGGCGAUGAGAGAGAAGUCCGAGGAGAUCCCACGUGUCGAGACGAAGAUUCAGAAGAUCUUAAUCGAGAUUGAAAGUACCAACCGUAGUCUCGCAGAUGCCCAGCGGCGCGUGAAGGAGUUGAGUGCUGCCCACAAGCCAUCCAAGACAGAUGCAGCCCAGGCUGCAGCUCUGGAGAAGCAGAUCGCUUCUCUUGAAGAGGAAAUUGAAGAUCUCCGUUCACAGAAGGGAGGCAUUGAAGAAGAGAUUCAAACUCUCCAGAAUAAGAUCAUGGAGGUUGGUGGUGUAAGACUGCGAGGUCAGAAGGCUAGAGUCGACGGCCUGAAAGAACAGAUCGGCAUGCUUGCCGAAGAAAUCUCAAAUGCGGAAGUCGGGAAGUCUAAGAACGAGAAGCUAAAAGCCAAACAUCAAAAAACACGCGGGGAUGCUGAAGAGGAGCUCGAGCAUGUUACCGAAGACCUUAACAAGCUGGAUGAGGAUGUCUCCAACCAGGCCAACGAUGCAUCUGGCUGGAAGCAAAAGGUAGAGGAAGCACAAGAAGCCCUCGAGGCGAAGAAGGGAGACCUCAAGACCGUGAAGUCAGAGUUGGAUGAAAAGGUGGCCGAAUUAAACGAGUCUAGGGCCACGGAAAUCGAAAUGCGCAAUAAGCUUGAAGAGAACCAAAAGGCUUUGGCAGAGAAUGAAAAGCGCGGGCGCUACUGGCACGAGAAGCUAUCGAAGUUGGCAUUGCAGAAUGUGAGCGACCUUGGAAACGAGGAAGCACCUGCAGAGCUGCAGACUUAUACCAAGGAUGAGCUAUUGGAGAUGAACAAGGAGUCUUUGAAAGCUACUAUUGCAGCUUUGGAGGAGAAGACGCAGAACUCACCUGUUGACCUCUCUGUGAUCGAAGAGUACCGUCGCCGGUCAGCCGAGCACGAAGCGCGUUCAGCGGAUCUCAAUACUGCCCUGGCAUCUCGCGACAGUGCUAAAGCCCGUCUUGACGGCCUUCGAUCAGCUCGAUUGAAUGGAUUUAUGGAAGGAUUUAGCAUCAUCUCACUCCGCCUGAAGGAGAUGUACCAGAUGAUUACGAUGGGUGGUAAUGCAGAGUUAGAACUAGUGGAUUCUUUAGAUCCUUUCUCAGAAGGUAUCUUGUUCUCCGUCAUGCCUCCGAAGAAGAGUUGGAAGAACAUUGGCAACUUGUCCGGUGGUGAGAAGACACUGUCUAGUUUGGCCCUGGUUUUCGCCUUGCACCAUUACAAGCCUACGCCGCUGUACGUCAUGGACGAAAUCGAUGCCGCCUUGGACUUCAGAAACGUCUCCAUCGUGGCUUCAUAUAUCAAAGAGAGGACAAAGAACGCGCAAUUCAUUGUUAUCUCCUUGAGAAACAACAUGUUCGAACUUGCAUCGCGCCUGGUCGGUGUCUACAAGGUCAACCAUAAGACCAAGAGUGUGACCAUCGAGAACAAGGACUAUAUCAAGAGACAGUAA